CCUCAUCGUUUGAAUAUAAACCGUUGCACAAUGUCCAGCAUAGCCUAAUCAGCCCAACAAGGGAGCUGAAGUAGCUGUAAUCAGAUGUAAAUGACCUCUUUCUCCUCCUCCUCCUCCCCCCCUCCUCCCUCCUCAUUCAGAGAGCAACAGGUCUAAAUCCUGUCUGUGCACGGUGGUGCAAAGCUUGUGUUUGCUGCAACAAGGGCCUGAAGGAUUGAUAAAUAUUUUUCUUUCAGUCAUUGUUCCCAAAUUUCUAUAAACUGGAGCAAUGCUAUUCCGGACAGCAGUGGAGCAUGCUAAGAAGCACCCCGGCCUCAUCCCCCAGUUCUUCUUCAUCUGUCUGGGAAUGGGCGGGGCAUUUCUGUAUCUGAUCCGGUUGGCCAAAGGACCCCAUGUCACCUGGAACAAGACCAAUAACCCUGAGCCAUGGAAUAAACUUGACCCCACAUAUCAGUACAAGUUUGUGGCCAUCACCACAGACUACAAAAACCUGAAGAAGGAGGGACCCGACUUCUGAAUCUCUACAGGCCUCCUCUUACAAACCAGAGUGGAAAAAUAACAGAAAAUCCUGAUCUAGGAUCAGAUUCACUCCCCCUCCUCCUUCUGAUGUUCUCACUUUGGGUGGAAGGUGAAAUGGAUCCUAGAUCAGGAUCUGUAAACCUUUUAGUGUCUCCGUGCCUGUGUUUGCAAAGCAGCUGGUAAUCUGGUAAAUGUGACCAGGACUGUCGGUGAAUGGAUCCUGAUGGCACAUAUGAAUAUUGGAAGAAUAAAAUAUGUGGUUUUUCUCCAUACUCACACAUAUGCAGGAGAGGUAUGACUCACACGUGCACAUGCUUCCUUUAUGUUUAAACUUUCCUGGUCUGUUUCAUUUGUACAUGGGCUGAGGAGUAAGCCACAAGAUUUGGUGAUGUUUUAUUUGCUAUCUUAAAGCAUCAGACCAGUGAUGUUGUAUUUUUUGACAGUUACAAAUGCAAAUACAAACAAGGGAUACUAUACAUCAUAUGCAGCCGUUUUGUUAAGCAUACUGCUGUGUUUUAGUCAUUUUCAGUGUAUUGUUUUUUAAUGUUUCAGAUAUCUAUUGAUUUCUAUUCACUUCUGUAAGACAUGAAAGUCAUUUAUCAGACUUGUUGUUUGUGUAAAUAAGCUUCAGGAGUCCACUAAAUGAGUUGUAUAUGUUGCAGAAAUAAAUGGGAAGGAAAAGCUGCCUGAGACAGAGAGAAAAAUACAUCAGAAAAUCUAAAAAUGGAUAGCACACAUGCAAAAAUGGUCGGCAUGAAUACAAAGAAAUGUACACAACUUUUAAUGCAGUGUGCUUCUUUUCAAUGUCUGAAAGUUGAAGCCAACAAAAUGCAGCGCAAAUAAAUGUGGCUUGUCUGCAUGGGUGUUUCCUCAUAACUGGCACGUGAUUGUAGAUUUGGCAGCCACUAAAUCGAGCAGUCACUGUGUAAGUUGUGAAAAGAUGCACAAACUGGGCUGGAUUCUUUCAAUAAAUAAACUGUCUGAUU